AGUCAAUUGCAUCGUUAAUAGGCCCAGGCACGUCAUCAAAACAAAUUUUCCACCCGCUGGUUCUUCCGUGUUGCUUUCACUUUGAAAGUAAGUUCGAAAUGGCGACGAAUCUAAGAGAAAGCUACGAACUUCUCGGCCUUCCAACUAACGCUACUGAAGAGGAAGUGAGAAAAGCGUACAAACAGAAGGCGCGCGAAUGUCAUCCCGACAAGAAUCCUGAUGAUCCACGAGCGACGGAGAAAUUUCAAGCGCUCAGACAGGGAUACGAGAGAAUUGUGUCGAGCGAAGAAACCGAUGAGGAUGUGGAAUAUUUCAGUGGAUUUGAUAACUUCUUUCAUUUUGUAAUGUUGCGGGAGAUGAUGAGGAGGAGGAUGAGAGAAGAAAUGAUGGCCAGAAUGUUUCAAGGUUUAUUUGCGGACGACAGUGACCUUGACGAAGGCGAUGACUUCCUGUUUGGAAGGCCUUUCUUUCACCAGCGUUCAAGGCAUCAAGGAUCUUCUACCAGGUCACAUAAUUUUCGGUUUCGAGAUCAGGGAGAUACUCAGAAUGGAAGAUCGUCAUAUGAAUGUGGGUCUUCAGCAAAACCACCAAAGAAACAGAAAGGUCGGAAGAAAAACUUUCGAAACAGUGACGGGGCAAAACAAGCACAAAGACCGAGAUCCAGUAAACAGGAAACCACGUUUGAUUCAGAUCGAGAUGUAACUACAAAUUACAAAUAUGGCUGGGACGAUUUUAACGGAGAAAGAGAAACAUGCGGUGAAGAGAGAGCAAAACCAAAUAUGUUUUCCAAGUCAAAGCAAAGAAACAAGAACAAAAGCCAAAUGACAGCAUCCGAGUGGCAAAAAGGACGAAAAACCAAGAAACAUCACAAGAAGAAGCAAACUGCGAAAUCCUCCAACUCGCCUCAAGCUUCUGAAGAAAAAUCAGACUGGGAUAACAGAAGUAAAGCACCCAGAAACAGCAAUGGACGACAGGACGAGGAGGAGCAUUGUUGUAGUUCAGCCCCAUCUUCUCCAAACAGUAAAUGCUGGGAAGUUGGAGACGCAAAGAAUGCCGCUGAAGGUAAAAGCCAGCUCAACUCAGGCCAGUUUGGUAAUGAAAUGAAUGCAAUGGAAUAUGAUGAGAAGAUUAAAGAUACAUGUACUAGCGAAAGAGGAAAUCCUGGUGAUAGUAGCAGCGAGACGAUCCCAGAAAGCCUGAAAUGUGAAAAGGAUGGAGCCAGGGGAGAUACUGUUGAUAAAGAGGAAGAGCUUAGAAGUAAUCUAAACACGGAGAAACAAGACUAAACAGAAGGACAGAAAAUUUCCUGAUGACAACAAACUUGAUCCGUAUUACGCGUUGCUGGUCUCUGUUUCUGUUUUACUGAUAUCUCUUGAUUGUCUUACAUACAGUUUAUAUGCUAAAACAAGCAUUUUUUAAAUGUUGUUCCCCCGAAAAAAAAAGUUUCUUAUUACACCCCUACUUCCCCAUACCGACCACCUCUCUACAACAGCCACUUUCCACUGUCCCCAAGGUGGCCGUUAUGAAGAGGUUCGACUACAUUUUAUUGUGUUACAUCAGGCAAUUCAAAGGGUUUCAAACAUGUCGAUCACGCGUAUAGAAGGUACAUCACGCGCACAACAGUUUUCUAUCAGCAGAAACAAAACGGAAAUAGGGCCAAUCAACUUCACGGAUUCAAAACAGACUACGAUAAAUUUACACUAGGUGGUGAUAGUUGAUGAGGAAGAAGGCCGAAUCAACUCAUCCGCUCGCUCUGUCCCUUUAAAACGGCGGGAUUCGUGACCAGUCUAUUGCAAAGUCAGCGCGGUAACCAUUAGCUGGUGAACAGUUAUAUAUUCCUGUUAGGUGUUUAAUUAGGUUGCUUUGUAUUAGUUCCCAUUGGGAUAAUCAGACCAAUAUAUACCACUCCUUGUGAAUAUGACACAACUUAACCGCCGACCAGUUAACUCGAGGCUGGGUUUUCCUUAUUGUAAAUUAGCGUGUAACAUUUUCUUUUAUUCUCUAGCUUGAAACCCGUAUUCAACAUGCCUCAGAUUCUUGAUAAUAAACUCGAUUACUGCUGGCGGCUCCCUCCACUAUUUUUUGCAUUAUUUGCCUCCUUUACUUACAAUAGAAAUGUUUUCUAUUCGGCUGAGCGAAGCGAAAGAGAAUAGAAUGAUAUAUUAACUCAAUUAGCGUGACAGCGUAACAUGGCGUGACACAGCACCUACUGUCUCCAAUUUCAAGGCGGACACAACACAAGUGCAACUGUCUGGUGUUUCGUAAAUCGAGGAACAUAAAUUUAUUAUUUUUUCACUAUCCGCAUCAGAAACCAACUUAAAAGUCAGUCUUGAAAUAAUAAAAAAAUACAGGUCGAAUGCAAAAGCAAAAUUAUGUAAACAAACGUCGUCGACAGCUUGAAAAGCAAGCACGAGAAUUCGCCGAGUACAAAACUAACUUCAUUACAUGUUAUCGAGCCAGAUAUUUGAAUCAUUCAAGAACUUGAAAUAUACAUGAUUAACACGUCUUUGGAAA